AUGGAAAGUAAUGCACGACUAAAAAAUAUUCAUUACACGUCUCAUGAGAAUCUCCCUGAGCAAAGUCCCAUGUUAUCAGAAAAUGAUAUGGAUAAAAUAAUUGAGGAAUAUUUUACUAAAAAUGACCAACUUGAAAGUAUGGCUAAAAUUGGGGUAGGUGCAUUUGGUACAGUGAUAAAAGUCAAAGAUCGUAAUGAUAACCGAAUUUAUGCAUUAAAAAUUACCACAUCCAAAGGACGAUCAAAUGAAUGCAAAAUACUGGCCGACCUUGAUCACCCUUGCAUUGUUAAAUAUUAUAAUAGUAGACUGUACAGCGACAAGUGGCUAGUUAUACAAAUGGGCUAUUGCGAAAUGACCUUAAAAUUAGUAAUCGAGAAUAAAAAUGCGAUAUUAAAAAGACACGUUGGUAAUAAAUACAUCGAAUUAUUUGACUACAUAAUAUCGUGGCAAAUAUAUUGGGAGAUAGUGAGCGUUUUACGUUACCUACAUCAUCACGCCAAGGUGCUUCACCUUGAUAUAAAGCCAUCAAAUAUACUCUGCGAUCCAAAUUUGUCACAUGGUACAUUGAUCAAGAUAGCUGAUUUUGGUUUGUCAAUUAAAUAUGAAGAUAUAUCGCACACGUAUACCGAUAAGUGUAAAGGAUCACCAGGAUAUAUGGCCGAUGAAAAUGAGCGUGGUAAAUACACGCCGGCGUCCGAUGUGUUUAGUUUUGGUCAAACUAUGGCACAUCUAUUUAAUGUUGACAUGGAUUUGGAAUAUCAUAUCGUUGACUACGAACAACCUAGUUUAUUAAAGAAACAAAUACACAAUAUGCUCGAC